CUUCCUCCUCCUCUUCCUCCUCCUCCUCCAAUGCGGCUUCUGCUCCAGGAAUGUGGGGGGGGUGAGCCACCCUCCCAAGCUGGCUUCUUCUCCCGGAAGUGGAGCUUCCACUCCGGAUUGCUGCUUUGCCCCGUUGCUCUGUGUGUGUGGGGGGGGGCUUUCGGAAAGGGGAGGAGGGGCGGCAGGUAAAUCCCCCCACCCACGUGGAUGUUGCAGGAAAGGAAAGGAGAAUCGCGGGUGAGGACAAAGAGGUAAAGGGGUCGCGGAGGAGAGGGGGAAAAGGAUCCAGAGACCCCGCCAACUCCCCGAAGCGUCUUCCGUGGGGCGUGGAUCCCGGCACGCGUGCUGCCAAGGGGCGGAGAUGGGGCGCCCACCCACGAGGACUCCCUGGCCCCGUUUCCCCCGCGCAGGCAUCCCUGGGGCGCGGAGAAGCGGGCCAGGAAAGGGUUAAGGGGUGCGGGAGGCGCCGGGAUAGAGACCCCCCUGUCCCUCCCCGGCUCGUCUUGGGGGGGGCAAUAGGGAUGGAGAGAUUUGUAGCGCAGGGCGAGGGGUGAGCCAAGGGGGCGUCUGGGUGCAGGGGAUACUCCGGGAGAAAGAGAGGGGGUCAUGGAAGUGGGGGGAGAAGGGAGGAGGCACCCCCGGGUCAGGGAAGCACAGCAAUGGGGGGGGGGAGAGGAAGACCAGUCUUUGGGGAGACAUCUCCAUCAUGACGCCCGCGAUGAAUCUCCGGAGGGGCCGCCUUGGCUUCUCCCUCCCGCCCAGGAAUCCACCCCCCCCCCCUUCAAGGCAACCAGAGAGGGAUCCUCAAAAACAUUCUGUUCCUCUUAUUCUUUUUAGGCAAUGUCAGAGGGACUGACAAGCUGAGAUACGAUCCAUCAGCACCCAAUGAAAGCGACUGCACAAAUCUUCUCAGUCAAAGGACCCAAUUUACAGAGUGUAUGUAAAUGAGAGUUUGUGGGUGGGAUUAUAAUUUACGGCAACCCUGUGAUUUUCUCCGCCCACAACUUUCGUGCGCUGAUAUUGCAGUACAAAUUCCAAAAUAACUACAAAAAACCCCACAAGAUAAUAAUAAUAAUUUUAGUGUUUAUACCCCACCCAUCUGGUUGGGUUUCCCCAGCCAUUCUGGGCAGCUUCCAGUACACAUAAAAGACAGGAAAACAUUAAACAUUAAAAACCUCCUGACACAAGGCUGCCUUCAGCUGUCUUCUAAAUGUCAGAUAGUUGUUCAUUUCCUUGACCUCCGAAGGGAGGGUGUUCCACAGGGAGGGCACCACCACCGAGAAGGCCCUCUGCCUGCUUCCCUGUACCCUCACUUAUCACAGAGAGGGGACCAGCAGAAGACCCUCAGAGGAGGACCUCAGUGUUCAGAGUGAAGGGUGGGGGUGGAGACGCUCCUUCAGGUCUACAGGGCCAAGGCGGUUGAGGGCUUUAGGUCGCAGAUCUUGCUCCUCCAUAAUGAUCUCCAAGUCUGACAUAUAGUUAGCAGAGUAGGAAAAAACACUCAGAGGCAGCAAAAAAAUCCAUUCAGCAGAUAAAUUUAGUACUGAAGGCAAAGAAUCAUAACAAUCCAAAAACUGAAUUUACAGUAAAACCCUAACAUAGCAUACCAAAACAGCACUCAAGUAAGAAAGACACAAGCAGAGUAGAGAAUAGCAGAAUAGGAAGUGGGACCAGCCGUCUUUCAAUACUGUAAUUUAUAAACAAUUCAGUGUCAGAGUAAACUUGGGACUGGAUAACAAGCUUGGCUCACUCCAGUUUAAGCCAGCUUCUUCUGGUUCCCAAAAAUAAGGAAGGUUCAGCAUAAUCUCAUUACAACUUAUCCCACCCCCUGCUCUCAGAAAGGAAACUCCCUUAUCAGCUAAAAUGCUCCAGCUAGAGAAAACACCAGCUUUGACUCACACAGAGUAAAACGAACAGAACCUUCUUGAACCAAUAGACUAGGAAUGAUCUCUAUAUGUUAGAUCAAUACUUUUCUUGCCUGAAAGAUGCAACCAUGACAAUUUAAAGAUCAGCACAAAGAGUUUGAAUUGUGCUCGGAAAUGCACUGAGAGCGAGUGAAGAUCCUUUAGGACAGUGUUACAAGGUUGAACUUUCCAUUAAGUCCAGUUAUCCCCUUUGCCUUGACUAUCCAGCUUUGUCAGUGCCAGAUUAGGGUAGUCCUGUGUCAGAAGAGGGGCACGAGAUCAGGCAGCACAUCAUUAUUAUAAGGAACAAUUGGGAUGGGCUGUUUCCCAUUUGCCAGCUGCUUUUCUUCUGCUUCUCCUGCUCUCUCCAUGCAAUGCAAGGCAUGUAGACGGAGGUCCAUCUCCAAGAACAGGAGCUUCCCUGAGCACCCAUUCAGCUGACGCCAAGCACCAAGCCUUGUCACUAGUUCUCUGACUGACCCAGACCACAGUCCCUGGAAAAGACUUAGACCUGGGUCUCCCAAAAUGGUCCACUUGGACCUCUUGAGGCCAUUGGGACUGUGAAGGUGACUCAUGAAGAUGUAGAGGUAGAAACAGGGCUGGAUGGAGGAUUAUAAUAAUAAUAUAAUAAUAAUUUAUUAUUUAUACCCUGCCCAUCUGGAUGAGUUUCCCCAGCCACUCUGGGCAGCUCCCAAUCAAAUGUUUAAAACAGUACAGCGUUAAAUAUUAAAAACUUCCCUGAACAGGGCUGCCUUCAGAUGUCUUUUAAAGAUAAGAUAGCUGCUUAUUUCCUUCACAUCUGAAGGGAGGGCGUUCCACGGGGAGGGCGCCACCACCGAGAAGGCCCUCUGUCUGGUUCCCUGUAACUUGGCUUCUUGCAAUGAGGGAACCGCCAGAAGGCCCUUGGCCCUGGACCUCAGUGUCUUUAUGAUGCAGAGGAUGGGGAAUGUCCAAAGGAACGAUGGACCAGAGAAAGAGAGGGCCUGUUCAUGGACAGAGAGCAGCCGCCUUUCCUGUGAGGAAACACUUGAUUUGAAAAGGCUGUAUUCCAAGAUCAUGCUGUGCUAUUAACAAUGUUUGAGGAUUAUGAAAGGUUGCUGCUGCAUUACUAUCAUUUGAUGACAUUGUUUUUUCAUUUGCUGUGCGUAAGAGGGGUGGGUUGGGUGUUUAGUUGGGUGCGGGAAUUUGUUUAAUUUAAUUUAAUUAUGGUGUGUUUGUAACGUUCUCUUUUUGUUUUUGUUAGUUUGUUUUGUUAGUUUGUUUUUUGUAUAGGUUUUAAUUUGAUUUUAAGGGGAGGGGUCAGGGCUGCCUGGGAGUGGGUCCCAGCAAACAAAAUGGCUGGGGCAAGUUCCACGGGGGGGGGGGGUGUACUGGGGCAACCGAUUUCAGUGAUCACGGGUAGGAGGAGGAGUUACGCUAAGACCAGACCAUGUCAUUACCGAGGAAGCGGGCUUAGUCAUUGUUUGAGGACUAUCCCUGCCUCCAGGUCUGGUCUUGACUGGAUGGAUACUGGAAUCAGCAAGGGAUACCCUCACAACCUGAAGGUGCUGCUGUGCAAUGGCAGGUCAAUGAUCCAUAAAACCAUUGUGAUCCAUGACUUGAUCGUGGAUGGAGGACUUGACUUGGCAUGUGUAACAGAGGCUUGGUUGGAUGAAGCAGAUGGGCCUGUCCUUCCCGCUGCUUGUCCACCAGGUUUCUCUUACACACAGCAACCCAGGCCUUGUGGGCGGGGAGGGGGGUUUGCAGUGAUUUUUAGGAAGUCAUUAGUUUGCACCAGGCGUCCUAUUGGGAAGACCCAGUUUUCCGAGUGCAUGUUCUGGAAGUUGGGCAAUAGGGGCAGUACAGGAUUCCUUUUGGUGUACCAACUCCCCCCCCCCACUUCACCAAGGAUUCCCUGUCCGAGCUGCUUCAGGUCAUGGUGGAUGGUCUCCUGGAGACACCUAGUUUGGUUGUCCUAGGGGAUUUUAACAUCCAUGCCGACAUGACCUUACAAGGGGCUGCUCGGGACUUCGUGGAAAGCAUGGCCUCCAUGGGGCUGUCCCUGAAUAAGUCUGGCCCAACCCAUAGCCACGGACAUGCCUUGGACCUGGUGUUUAUCUCUAUGGAUGUUCGUGAUCUGACACUAGGUAAAAGCAAAACAACAGAAGUGCCAUGGUCAGAUCACUUCCUGGUGCAACUGGACUUCUCCGCGACCCUUCCCCUCUGCAGGGAGGUGGGACCAAUUUGGAUGGUCCGCUCCCACCACAUAAUGGAUCCAAAUGGCUUCCAGAGAGUGGUAGGGGAUGCUUUAUCCCACGUUGACGGCCUUUCAGCUGAUUCCCUGGUGGCCCGCUGGAAUGUGGAGUUAACCAGGGCUAUUGACUGGCUCUGAAGCGCCCUCUCUGAUUGCAUGGAGCCCGAACAGCCCCGUGGUUUUCCACGGAUCUGAGGGCAAUGGAACAAUCGUUGAGACGGCUAGAGCACCGAUGGCGGAUGACCCAUUCUGAAGCUGACCGGACACGGGUUAGAGCUGAAUGUUGAGCCUACCAAGUGGCGGUAGUGAUGGCGAAAACUACUUUCUUCACCGCCUCUAUUGCAUCUGCAGAAAACAGCAGCAGGAGACUUUUUCAGGUGGUUCGCAAUUUAGCAGAACCACCUGCUCCAUCAAGGCUCAGUGCGGGCCACAUGAUCUCCUGCAAUGAUUUUGCAAAGUUUUUUUACAGAUAAAGUCGCUCAGAUUCACUCAGGUCACUCCAGUCGCUCAGGUAGACUCCACCGUGGAAUCAGGGCCGGGGCGGGAGAGUGCUAGAGUCUGUCUAGUCAAGUUGUAUGGGAUCAAUUCCAACCUGUUACCCCCGAGGGACAGACUGCUUGGACGAGUGAAACCAACCACUUGUCUCCUUGAUCCUUGCCCAUCCUGGCUGAUAAAAGCUAGCCGGGAAGGGCUGGGCGAUGGGCUUCGUGGGGUGGUCAAUGCUUCCCUCCGUGAGGGAGCCUUCCCAGACCCGCUGAAAGAGGCGGUUAUUAAACCGCUUCUUAAGAAACCAUUUUUAGAUGCGGCCACGAUGCCCAACUAUCGCCCAGUCUCAAAUCUUCCAUUCUUGGGCAAGGUGAUUGAGCGAGUGGUUGCUGAACAACUCCAGGCACGCCUGGAAGAAGCGGACCAUUUGGAUUCCUUCCAGUUGGGAUUCAGGCCUCAUCAUGGGACUGAAACUGCCUUGGUCGCACUGGUUGAUGAUCUCUGGUGGGCUAGGGACAAAGGUUUCCUAGUUCUGCUGGAUCUCUCAGCGGCGUUUGAUACCAUUGAGCAUAACAUCCUUCUGGACCGUCUUGAGGGGCUGGGAGCUGGGGGCACUGUCAUACAGUGGUUCCGCUCCUUUCUCCUGGGCCGUGUCCAGAAAAUGGGGUUAGGGGAUGAGUGUUCAGACCCCUGGGCUCUCACUUGUGGGGUGCCUCAGGGUUCUGUACUCUCCCCAUGUUUUUCAACAUCUAUAUGAAGUCGCUGGGAGAGAUCAUCAGGGGGUUUGGGCUGGGUGUUCAUCCAUAUGCGGAUGAUACUCAGCUCUACCUCUCUUUCAAAUCAGAAGCAGUGAAGGCAGUGAAGGUCCUGUGUGAGUGUCUGGAGGCGGUUGGAGGAUGGAUGGCGGCUAACAGAUUGAGGUUGAAUCCUGACAAGAUAGAAGUACUGCUUUUGGGGGACAGGAGAUGGGCAGGUGUGGAGGAUUCCCUGGUCCUGAAUGGGGUAACUGUGCCCCUGAAGGACCAGGUGCACAGCCUGGUAGUCAUUUUGGACUCACAGCUGUCCAUGGAGGCACAGGUCAAUUCUGUGUCCAGGGCAGCUGUCUACCAGCUCUAUCUGGUACGCAGGCUGAGACCCUAUCUGCCUAUGGACUGCCUUGCCAGAGUGGUGCAUGCUCUGGUUAUCUCCCGCUUGGACUUCAAUGCGCUAUACAUGGGGCUACCUUUGAAGGUGACCCGGAAACUACAACUAAUCCAGAAUGCAGCAGCUAGACUGGGGACUGGGAGCGGCCACCAAGACCACAUAACACCGGUCUUGAAAGACCUACAUUGGCUCCCAGUACGUUUCCGAGCACAAUUCAAAGUGUUGGUGCAGACCUUUAAUGCCCUAAACAGCCUCGGUCCAGUAUAUCUGAAAGAGCAUUUCCACCCCCAUUGUUCUACCUGGACACUGAGGUCCAGCACCGAGGGCCUUAUGGCGGUUCCCUCACUGCGAGAAGCCAAGUUACAGGGAACCAGGCAGAGGGCCUUCUAGGUAGUGGCACCCUCCCCGUGGAACGCCCUCCCACUAGAUGUCAAAGAGAUAAACAACUACCAGACUUUUAAAAGACAUCUGAAGGCAGCCCUUUUUAGGGAAGCUUUUAAUGUUUGAUGUAUUACAGUAUUUUAAUGUUUUUCUGGAAGCUGCCCAGAGUGGCUGGGGAAACCCAGCCAGAUGGGCAGGGUAUAAAUAAUAAAUUAUUAUCAUUAUUAUUAUUAUUUCCUAAAAAUUGGGAACAUGGGUAGGAAGCGGGGGAAUGUAGGAGAUGUUGAAAUAAGAGAAGGGGCAAAUGGUGAUUGAUUUGUUCUUUUCCCUUUGUUCUCUUCCUUGGAAUCCAAAAAGGACUUCCUCUCUGCCCACGCUGAAGAAAGUGAUACAGAAGAACGUCAGAAUUCCAGGGGACGGGGAACCUUUCAUUUCAUUAGGAAUAGACAUUGAAAUGUGCGAAAUGUGGAAUAUGCUUCACUGAAUGAGCACACAUAGCUCACAUCAACAAACUCACAGGAGAAACCUUUUAAAGAUUUGAAGUGUGGAAAGAGUUUCACUGAUAGUGAAAAACCUAGAACACAUCAGCGGACUCCCAUGGGUAAGAAAGGAUUCAAAUGCAGGGAGUGUGGGAAGAGCUUCAGUCAGAAUGGAAACCUUAAAUUACACCAAAAGACUCACACAGGGGAGAAACCAUAUGAAUGUAUGGAGUGUGGGAAGAACUUCAGUCAGAGGGCACACCUUAAGUUACAUGCACAGACACACAAAGAGGAGAAACCUUUUAAAUGUAUGGAGUGUGGAAAGAGUUUCCGUCGAAGAGAUACACUUAGAAUACAUCAACAAACUCACACAGGGGAGAAACCGUUUAAAUGUGUGGAGUGUGGAAAGAGCUUCAGUUCCAAUACAACCCUUAGAUCACAUCAACGGACUCACACAGGGGAGAAACCAUAUGAAUGUAUGGAGUGUGGGAAGAGCUUCAGUUAUGAUGCAAGCCUUAGAUCACAUCAACGGACUCACACAGGGGAGAAACCAUAUGAAUGUAUGGAGUGUGGAAAGACCUUCAGUCGGAUUGGAAACCUUAGAAUACAUCGACGUACACAUACAGGGGAGAAACCGUUUAAAUGCAUGGCGUGUGGAAAGAGCUUUAGUGAUAGUGGAACCCUUAGAAUACAUCAACGGACGCAUACAGGGGAGAAACCAUUUAAAUGCAUGGCUUGUGGAAAGAGCUUUAGUGAUAGUGGAAGCCUUAGAAAACAUCAACAUAUUCACACAGGAGAGAAACCAUUUAAAUGUAUGGAGUGUGGAAAGAGCUUCAGUUUCAGUUCAAACCUUAGACAACAUCAACUGACUCACACAGGGGAGAAACCAUUUAAAUGCAUGGAGUGUGGAAAGAACUUUAGUCAAAAUGCGCACCUAAUUUUACACCAUCAAACUCACACAGGUGAGAAACGAUUUAGAUGUAUGGAGUGUGGAAAGAGCUUCAUUCAGAUUGGAAACCUUAGAAUACAUCAACGGACUCAUACAGGGGAGAAACCAUAUACAUGUAUCGAGUGUGGAAAGAGCUUCAGUCACGAUGCAGGCCUUAGAUCACAUCAACGGACUCACACAGGGGAGAAACCAUUUAAAUGCAUGGUGUGUGGAACAAGCUUUAGUUAUGGUGGAAGCCUUAGAUCACAUCAACGGACUCACACAGGAGAGAAACCAUUUAAAUGCAUGGUGUGUGGAAAGAGCUUUAGUUACGAUGCAGGCCUUAGACAACAUCAACGGACUCACACAGGAGAGAAACCAUUUAAAUGUAUGGAGUGUGGAAAGAGCUUCAGUUUCAAUUCAAACCUUAGACAACAUCAACUGAUUCACACAGGGGAGAAACCAUUUAAAUGCAUGGAGUGUGGGAAGAGUUUUAGUGAUAGUGGAAGCCUUAGAACACAUCAACGAACUCACACAGGUGAGAAACCAUUUAAAUGUAUGGAGUGCGGAAAGAGCUUCAUUCAGAUUGGAAACCUUAGAAUACAUCAACGGACUCAUACAGGGGAGAAACCAUUUAAAUGUAUGGAGUGCGGAAAGAGCUUCAUUCGGAUUGGACACCUUAGAAUACAUCAACGGACUCAUACAGGGGAGAAACCAUAUAAAUGUAUCGAGUGUGGAAAGAACUUCAGUCAGAGUGCACACCUUAGACAACAUCAGCGGACUCACACAGGAGAGAAACCUUUUAAAUGUACGAAGUGUGGAAAGAGCUUCAGUUAUAGUGGAAACCUGAGAGUACAUCAACAGACUCACAUCGGUAAGAAACGAUUUAAAUGUAUGGAGUCCGGAAAGAGCUUUAGUGAUAAUAGAAAUCUUAGAAAACAUCAGCAGACACACAGGGGAGAAACCAUUUAAAGGUAUGGACUGUAAAAGGAACUUCAGUCAGAGUGGAACCCUAGAUUUAUGUCAACAAACUCACACAAAAGACAAACCAUAUAAAUGUCAGGAAAGUAGACAGAGGUUCAGUCCUAGUGGAAGUCCUACAUCUACAGACUCAUGGACAGGUUGAACUUUAACAGUUGACACCCUACAAACCCAUCAACCCUCAAAGAGGAGAAGCUGUUUAAAGGGAAAGAUUGCAGAAAGUGCUUUAGUUAUAAUGGAGUGUUUAAGGAACAUAUAAGAGCCAGUGUGGUGUAAUGGUUAAGAGUGGUAGAUUCGUAAUCUGGGGAACCGUGUUUGCGUCUCCGCUCCUCCACAUGCAGCUUCUGGGUGACCUUGGGCCAGUCACACUUCUUUGAAUUCUCUCAGCCCCACUCACCUCACAGAGGAAGGGAAAGGAGAAUGUUAGCCGCUUUGAGACUCCUUCGGGUAGUGAUAAAGCGGGAUAUCAAAUCCAAACUCUUCUUCUUCUCACAGGGGAGAACCCAUUUAGAUGUAUGGAGUGAGGAACGUGUUCCUUUCGGAGUUUACUCUUCUUCACAGCAAUGAACUCAGCAGAAAAUCCAUCUUCAAAGCGUGUCAUGUAUUUGUUCUGCUGUUUAUAUGUAAAACUGUAUAGUAAUGAAAUAAUGAAGGUAAUGUCCCACAAUAAUGAGUAUAAUUUUAGAUGUAAGGUAUGUUUUGAUAGUGAGGGGGAGAGGGUAAAUCUGUAUUUCUGGUGGUGAGUGAGGAUUAGGGCUGGGCAUAUAUUGAUCUCAUCCUAUACCGGUUUCUAGACCACAUUGUGAUAACCUUCCAAAAACAAUGGAUAUGGCAACACCCCACAGAUCACAGUGUGUGUUUCUGGGAUGCCCAUUUGCCUGGAAGCAGGCAACAGAAAGCUUUGCUUUGUGAAGCCCCUGCAGAUGCCGAGUUCCUGACUUCCCUCCCAGACGACAGGAAGCGAAAAACACACCUCCAUUGCCCUGUGUCCUUCCAGCCUCUUUCCUCCCUUGCUCCCUUCUGCCAGUGUGUGUGCCUGACUUAGAUAUCUUGUGUGGUGUAUUUUUUUACUGCUGAAACUGGAUUUGCUCUCAGGAGCUAAGUUUUGUGCCUCACUGGGGACCCAGUGAGAACUGUAUGCUUUGAAAGCUCAGUAAACUAUUACUGAAGAAGUCCUGCUGCCUCUGUG